AGAGCGUUGGUUGUCGGUGUUUUCCGUGGGGUUUCCCGCGCGCGGGCUAGAGGGCGCCGCGUGCGCGCGCCGCGCAAUCAAUACCUGCGCCCGGCCGUCCCGAAGGCUCGCUGUCACGUCACACGCCACCCCACAAGCCGCUGCCGCGCACUACCAAUGUCCGCUCGCUCGUAACAUGUCCCCUCUGGCACAGCUCGCCGACCCGAGCCACGCGCGUGUCUCAGUGAAAAUGGCCACCCGCAACUGAGUGCUAACUGAAGCAGCGAAGAUGCAUCUCCAUUUCGAGAGAAACGUUAACGCUAAGUGCGAUUGCACGAUACUGUCGCUGUCAUGGAUGGGCAAGGUCCCCGACGAACUGCCAGAGGAGGAGGGCUGGAAGCUGAACCGCAACAACUACUACCAGGAGGGCUGGCUGGCGACAGGCAACGUGCGCGGCGUCGUCGGCGUGACGUUCACGUCGUCGCACGCGCGUCGGCCGCACGAGCUGCCUCUGCGUACAAACUACAACCUGCGUGGGCAUCGCUCUGACGGCAACGUGCGCGGCGUCGUCGGCGUCACAUUCACGUUGUCGCACGUGCGUCGGCCGCACGAGCUGCCCCUGCUCACCAACUACAAUCUACGCGGGCACCUCUCUGACGUGAAUCUAUUAUAG